AUGUCAACUACACAUAGACUUCAACUCUAUUAUACUCUUAUUGUUAUCACUUACAUCAUUUCCUUUCUAUUCAUUCACAUCAACCCAUUCUUCUGUCAUCCGAAGAAAAAUACGGAAAAUAAUCAGGUCAUAGAAGAAAAAAAAUACGAUGUAUAUCCGCCAAAGUCCUGUGUGGCAAUCUUAACUUUUCUUGACACAGCUUUGCAAAGUAUUCUACUCGAAGAAUUACAGUUUUCUAGAAUAAAUUUGCAUUAUUAUAGUAAUUAUGGGGUUGAGAUCGGUAAAUUAGUAAUAAGCAGAAUGCCAGCCAAAAUAAAUAGAAAGUCGGCUACGAUGACAUUAUCUUUAAAUUCAUGUUAA